UUUUUGUGUGCGCGCUGGGUUAAAUUCUCAGAAGGUCAUUAAAACAGAAGGUCAUGGGUGGAAAAACCAAGCCAACCCCAGCUGGCAAACCUUUGAUGGGUUAUGAGGAGAUAGUUAUUCAAGAAGAUGAUUCCAAAUGUUGCUCGUGUACACCGAGUUGGGUCAAGACGUUUUUAAUUUUCUUCACUGCAAUUAUCUUGCUGAUUGCAUUAGCUUUAAUCGGGUUGGGCGUUUUCCUGUUAGUUAUUCGUUUGCCCUUUGUCCCCGUGCUGCUGGGUGAAAUUGCUUAUCUAAGUCAUUUUCUAAUGUUUGUUGUUGGAGGACUUCUGGUGGUCGUGUGCAUAAUUGGAUUCAUCGGAGUUUCAAAUGGGAAGUCCACUCUACUUUUGACAUUUGCUUGGAUAUUGUUCAUCAUCCUACUAAUCCAAUUCACUACUGGUAUUUUGGCCCUGUGUUUCUCCAAUAUCCUGACUGAGUGGCUUGCUGACAGAUUGAUGCUUACCAUGCAAACUCAGUACUUCCGCGACACUGGUGGAGUUGACGCUGCUGUAGACCACAUACAGCAAAAGUUCAAAUGCUGUGGAUCAAGGAGUUACCGAGAUUGGACAGAUAGCAUCUUUCAAAAUUAUUCGAAACUAAAUGAAAUAUUACCAUAUCCAGAGUAUCCAUUAGUUGUUCCUGAUUCAUGUUGCGUAAGAUCAGUUAAAAGCUGUGGAACAUUACCGCACCCAUCGAAUGUUUAUAAUGAGGGAUGUAUGGAGUCAAUACUUCUUAACCUACGUGAACAGUAUUACAUCAUAUGCGUGGUAGUGCUCGCCCUUGUUUUUGUGGAGUUCUUCGGCGUGAUACUUGCAUGCUGCUAUUCAAAGGCACCAAAGAUGGACCGUUAAAUGCUGUGCUUAAAAAUUUUUAGUGAUUAAUAUUUUCAACAAGUUUAUUGACAUUCACUUUUAAUGUACAGCUUUCUUAAAAUAUAGUUUUUUUUGCACA